AUGUCCCAUGGAAGUCGCUAUUAUUUACAUCGUGGAACAAUUGUGUCGGCGCUGGUCGGAACGGCGUUGCUGAUCAUCUCCGCAACGACCCCUCAUUUCUACGUCGGCGAUCGGAGCGCGUGGACUUACAUUGACAAACCGGAGAACUCGUCACGAACCCAUGAGGUAAGUCCAAGUCAACCUUCGGGAAACAACUCCCAACCGUCGUCUGGCCGUCCCGCAGUGCCGCCUUUGCCUUCCGCUCACCAGGUAAGUGUUCAAAGUGCGACGCACAGAUUUCCCAUAGAAUUUCGUAGACUUCUUAUCAGCAUUUUCACAAAGUGCCUGGACAGUUUUUCGCUUUCACACAGCGCAUCUUGAAUUCUUGCCGCCAACGCACUGCGGAUUUUGCGCUCAAGGGGUUAUCAUUCAACACGAAAAAAUCCGUCUCAAUGACGGUUUUUUUGGACGAGGUCAGACGAAAGGCGAAAUAUUGCGUAAACUGAAGAGAUUUUCUAUCACGAAACUGACUCAUUUGACUUUUUUCGUUUUAGGCUCAAAAAAUCCGCCUUGUUCCAGACUAGACACGGCUCGUCGGCCGGCCCGGGCCGUCGGCCUGAAGGGUUCCGGCCGGCCCGGCCCGUUUUAAAUUUGCUUUGGCCCGGGCCGGCCCAUUGAAACGAAAGUCUCCCCAAGUCUAACUCCUUAUGACCAAAUUUUUUUCUAUCAUCAUGUAAAUGGAUAAAUACUGUGUUCCAUAGCUAUCUAAAAACAAAAAUACCUUUAAAAAAACCGAUUGUGUUUUGACAUUGCGUUUAUUUUCAUUAUCAAACCCAAUUUUCGCUUCGAGAUUCUGGAUUUAAAAUAUUCUGGGCUGGGCCGUGUCGAACGAUUUGGCUGGGUCGGGCCGAAACGAUUUGAAAUCGGGCCGACGGACCGAAAUUUCGGCCCGGCCCACUUUGAACGCUGCACUUUGAACACUCUCCCGGCAAACAUCGUUGAAAAUCUCGGCUGCCUUUGCAAAGCGCGAGCCAAAAUUCGGCCUUUUUUUGGAAGCAAACAAACAAUUUCUUGCAGCAGAACAGCGACAGAAGUCUCACCGCAUUCAAGGUGCACAACAGUCUCCAAAUCGUCGCAGUUUUAGUCUCCUACAUUGGGACACACUACGGCUUGUAUGGCGCCGUCCGUUCGAGUUACCGCGCCUUUCUUGUACUCCCCAUCGCGACGAUUUUUGCCACCGGCUUCUCCGUUUAUGGGAUGACCUUUUUUUUAAUCACGGUGGGAGAAUCGGGCGGAAAAACGGCCCUCAGCGGCUUCAGUUUUGUCGGACUCAUCGUGGCACAAUCUCUUUUAUUGUUUUCCGGGAUUAUUGGGAUUAUUUAUAGUCUACUUCCGAAGUAUUAA